AUGUCCUCAACUCCGACCGCUACUCACUCUCUUCACUGCACCGCCGCUCCGAGCCGAUCCCUCACCUCCGACAGAGCUGCCCUUGGAAUCUUUGGACCGAAACUUUACUCACUUUACAUCAAUUGGCAAACCAGUAUCGAGAAUCCCAACCAAGCAACGCUUUACCCGUCAAAAGCAGUAUGGAAAAGAACAGUACAAGCGGUGCGAAACCAGGAAGUGGGAGGAAUACCCAGUGCGCAUACAUUCAAGACCUUCAUGAAUACGAAACAGGUCAAGGAACAGCUUUACAUGCAAGAUGUAGGAGAUUGUUCGACUGUCGAAGACGGCGAAGACAAGGGGGAAAUGGAAGAGGAAUCCCUAGAUCUACUUACCACACGCUUCUGUAAGCACCCUGUCCAUCCCGGCAACCCUUGGAUGGGCGAUGUCUGCCCGGGGUGCCUCAUUACUCAGUGUAUCGCCUCCCUUGAUCGGAUUGCACAUGUCUGGCGCCUUGUCGGUGGACCCUUGAAGCCUUAUAGCUCCGGAGACCCAGAAUUGUCUCAUAUUUACCAUGCAGCUAAGCGAAUUUGGCAUGUUGAGAAAGUUCGAUGGGCUAGUCUGGUGGACGUGUACGAGCGGUACGCAAAAGAAGAGGUAUCAUGGGAGGAAGACUCUCUGCAAACCGGCUUGGCAAUUCCAGCGUCAGUGAUGGGAUCUAGUAGCUGCAUGAAAGCGCUGGAUCUCGCGAUACUAACCCCAUUCCUUGCGGAAGGAUGGAGCGAGUUCUUUGUACCAAAGAGGCGCUCAAAAAGGUGUUGCGUCGGAGGCGAGUCGCAAGGAACCUCUGCUACUGGGGAUAAGGAAAACGAGACCCCGCGUUCUCCACCUAGUUCGCCCAAGCCGGAACAAGAAACAUCGUGGUACCUGGAUGGGGUCUCUGAUGGGUUAGAGUCAGACAAACAGAAUGAGAAUGGUACCAACGGAGCGAAUAUAAUCUUAUCUCCCCCCAACAAAUCGACCCUUACACAAUACUCCCCAUCAGCCUCCUCAGAUUCGAGCAUCUACGCUCUACCACCAUCAUCGAUAACACCAUGCUCCCCACCUCAAACUCUGUCCCAGCUUCAUCUACAUUCUCCUCCUAUGUUUGGAGUAUACUUUCCCGACGACCUUCCGCCACCUUCAUCACGACGAUCAACAUACUACCAGCGAUCCUCUCCUUCGUAUACACCGGGUGAACACGCCAGUCCACCAGGUAGCGUAUGGGUCGACACAAGCUUCAUGAGCGAUUGCAACUACGAUCGUCUCGGUGGCACACAAGAUGAAGACGAAGAAGCGGAAGAACAUAGAAAGAAGUGGAACAAUUAUGCUAACGAAAUGCUUCAAAUACGCGGAAAGGACUUGACAGAUGAUGGCAUGAACAUAGUCUUUGGGGAAGAGGUAGAGGGGAUGGAGGAUGACUGGAGUGACGAAAGCGACUCCGAUGACGAAAAAGACGACCUCAUACACACAGGCAAGGAGAUCCUGAGCCAGAAGAGAUUACCCGGUCAGAUCACGAGGUUGAGUAUUCAGCGACCAGUGUUCUUGUUUAGUUGGCAGAAGCAAACAGAAGCAAGGGAAACAGACGAGACGAGGGGCGACGCUACGUCACAUGAGUUUGAAGACGAAGACGUGGAACAAGCAAUGCGAGAGAUAACUCCCGAAGCGGUGGAGCCUUCUAAACAGUCAGCAGCAAACAUCGAUAUGCCAAUGGUUGUCAGUGGCAGAGCGGAGGAGAUGAGAGUGGUGUCGCUGGCCGGACCGGAGACCCAAGUAUCUCCUCGUCGCCGGAGUCACGAGGAGUUCGAUGGAUCUGGAGAGACGAAGGAAGGGGAUGGUGUGAAGAGAUCCUGUCACUAG